CUCAUUAGUUGUGGCUUAGUGAUGCAACUCGUUUAUGCCAGGGGAUUAUGAGAUGGAAUGCGCACGCUCCAUGUACUCAGCACGCAGUUGCGUUUCUUGAAUGCCAGUUGGCGAUUCAGCAGCGGAGCUGACAGAAUCUUUUUGCACGUUCCUUCAUUUUAAAUUUAACCUGGGCGUCUGGAGCAUGGCUCUGUGUGGUUGCUGCCUCUCAGUGCGCGCUGGGCUCGCAAGUGCCUUUUUAAACACCCCCGGAGCAGGCAUUGGGCCCACGCGAACCCGUCGUGCAUGAAUCGAGGACGUGUGGGUCGUCUCGUCACACUUUGAGUGCGCUCUGUGUCAGAAGCCAGGGGCAGAUCCCAAGCGGUCAUGCUCGUGUGUACUGUAAGCACCUGCGGAUGCUGUAUACACAUGUGUUUGUUAAAGAUAUGUUUAUGCCAAUGCUAAUCGGUAACUGGGACGUUUUGUUUUGUAUCUGGUGUUUGCAAAAGGCGCAAGGGUUCAGGUCCACAGCUCAGGGCCUGGCCUCGUUCCAGCGCCCCAGGGCUGGGUCGCACAAGAAAAUCUGUGACACGGGAGAUAACACCGCUGGGAGAGGGUUCGUGCUGGCGAGCCUGCGUCGGCUGUGAGCAGCUUCUCCGCGAUCGAUCCGGGAUCGUUCGACCGACCAUCUCCUCGACGACUGCAGUGUUUCCACCCCCCAGCGAUGGCGCUGCCCGCGGCGGUCUGGGCGCUGUGCGUGGGCUCCCUCGUGCUGCCUCCCUGCUCGGCCUUCUUCCCCAACUUCUGGGCUCGAAUCCUGACUCUGGCCUGGAGCUCCUACACUCACCAGGACAUCACCGAGGAGGCCAUCCUCAACGUCACGCGAGAGAUCCUCAUGUCCCGGCCCAACCGCUGGGGACGCACCCUCCCAGAGCAGGAGCCGCAGGAGCCGCUGACGGCCGGCGACCUCUUCGGGAGUUACUACGGCGACCAGGAGGCGGUGUCCAUGAAGGCGUUCUGGCAGGCGGUGAGCGAGGUGGUCAGGGCCAACGCCCACAUGGACUUCCGGAGCGAGAUGCAGAGCAACCCCGUCUACCACUUCGACUCCGAGCGGAUCCAGGGGGCUCGAGACCUCCUGCGCUGGCGGUGGAUCCAGACUCUGGACUCCAUCAGGGCCCGGGACUACCAGGGGGCCAGGGAAGGGCUGGGCUACCUGCUGCACUCACUGCAGGAUUUCUACAGCCACAGUAACUGGGUGGAGAUGGGCCACACCGAAGUGAACUCUGACCUCUUGAACUCUGCGGAUCAGCUGGAACCAGUGGCCGCCGAGGACGUGCAGACCUGCAGGGAAUGUUGGAAUUUCAGCUGCAAAAACAACAUCCUGGAGGACGUGAACAGCAAGAAGCUCCUGACCACCGGCUACUUCGGCACGGACCCCAAGAAGCCGCCAGGGAAGUGCAGCCACGGCGGGAUCCUGGACCAGAGCCGCUCCCUCAGCGCCCGCGGGGGCAUCAACAAGGACAGCACCUCCCCCCUCUUCUCCCCGCAUCACUAUCUCCAUGGCGACGCCGCCCGCCUGGCAACCGCGGCAACCGUCGCGCUGCUGCGGGACCUCCGGGACACGGCGGGAGUCACUGACUUCCUCAGGCUGAUGAACGUGGGCCGGAACUCUGCUCUGGUCUUCGUGAUUGACACCACGGGCAGCAUGUUCGAAGAGAUCACGGCCGCUCGCCUCCGGGCGCUCUCCAUCAUCCAGGAGAGGCAGGGCACACUGGAUGAGCCCACCACAUACGUGUUGGUUCCUUUUCACGACCCAGCUGUGGGUCCCCUGCAGGAGACGGAAGAUCCCGACGUGUUUAUGAGAUUCCUGGAGGACCUGACCGCCCUGGGAGGAGGAGACGAGCCGGAGAUGUGUCUAACUGCUCUCCAGAUGGCCCUGAUCCACAGCCCGCCCCAGUCCGAGAUCUACGUCUUCACAGACGCCUCUCCCAAGGACAGACACCUCCAGAGCGCCGUGGAGGGACUCACUGUGGAGAAGCGCAUCAAGGUGACCUUCCUGCUGACAGAGGACACCAGCAGGGCCGGCUGGAGGCGGAGGAGGAGGAGAGAGGUCUUGUCUCCGGACAGAUUCUCCAUCUACAGGAGCUUGUCUGCACUCUCCGGGGGCCUGACCGUCUUCACCACCGACCGAGACAUCCAGCAGGUCUCCUCCAUCGUCCAGGACAGCACGUUGCCCGCCAAGGUCACUCUGUUCCACGUCCAGACGGGACCCUCCUCUGUGUCGCCUCAUUCCUUCCACGUAGACAGUUCUGUGAAGAAUGUCACCGUCCACAUAGCGGGCUCGCUGAAGGCCUUCGUCCUGCACAGUCCCUCAGGACAAGAACAGUCCUUCCUGGAAAAGAAUGGACACCUGGCUCAGAUGGAGACAUUUGAAGGGCUCACCAGAAUUCGCCUGCUCCCCCCCGUCAGUCCGGGACAGUGGAUCAUCAGGGCAGAAACCCAGGAGAACAUCACCCUCAACGUUAUAGGUCAGAGCAGCGUGGACUUCCUGUACCACUUUGCCGUGGCUGUCAACAGCACUCACCCAGGCCUGUCCAGGGUGGAGGGCAGCCCAGUCGCAGGUGUCCCCACCUUCCUGGUGCUGACAGUGACGGGUCUUUCUGCCAGCCACAAGGUCUCUUUCAGUCACGUGACGCUGCUGAGCGCCCGUGGCGAGAGCCUGCUGGGAGCGCAGCUCAGCUCUUCCUCGUCCUCUCCCGGAGAGUUUGUGAGCCAGCUCCCCGCAUUACCCACGGUCCCUUUCUCUGUGCGACUGACGGGGACAGACGGUCAGGGGAACGUGCUGGAGAGGGCGUCCGGCGAAAUGGUCCAGGCCACACACGUGCAGCUGCAGGUGCUCUCUCUCCCCCAGCUGGCCCCCGGCACCACCUCCACCGUAUGGUUCGACAUUUACAACCGGGGCCCUGCCAGGACGUUUGUCCUCACAGCUGCUGACGACAGGGGGUUUCUCAAACACAAGGGCAGGGAGAGGCUCUCCGUGGCGCAGGACGGCACGGUCCGGAGCUGGGUGGAUUUGGACACGCCCGGCGGGGCGCAGGUGGGCAGCGCGGCCACCCUGAGCCUGAGCGUGGAAUCGGAGGACAAGAGAGAUGCCAACUUCGCAGUGCUGCACCUCAGCGUGGUCAACACGGACCCCGACCUGGAGCCUCCCUCCUGCUCUCCGCUGCAGGUCCGAGGCAGCUGCCCCGCGCUCCCCCCGGAGGCCUGCGCCAACGCCAGCUGGUCGGCCUCCCUGCUCCUCUCUGACCGGGGGCGCUCCGGGCUGGGGAGGGUGCAGCUGGGCCGGGGGCGAGGCCGGCUCGUGCUCCGUGGGGCGUCCGGGGCGCAGGAGGAGCACCUGCAGGAGGGCCAGGGCCCCCUGCUCCUGGGGAACAGCUCGGCGUGGGCCGCGGUCCAGGCUGCGUACACCUCCAGCUGCUGCUCCACAGAGGCCGAGCUGCUCCUGUGGGACAGAGCCGGCAACCUGCAGCGCUGCAGCGUUUCCACCCCCCACCUGCAGGUGGCAGGAGCGUUCUUGCACGCCGCCGCGUGGCCCAUGGUCUUCGCCCUCUCUUGUUUCGGGGUGCUGCUUCAUUGAUGCAGCUGUCACAAGGAGAGCACCUCUGCAUCCGCACAGCUGGAAAUCACCGAAGCGGAAACAUCAGCAAUUCAUUGAUUUUCAAAAACAUCCCACCUGUGCAGCUCAGUGGCACAGAGGUCAGCAUUGCUGCUUUGCAGAGCUGGAGCCCUGGGUUCAAGUCCGAUCCUGGGGUGCUGUCUGUGUGGAGUUUG